GCUAUUAUUUAUAGUUGGACCACUUGCAAACGGAAAAGUGUCGUCGAGGUUGUGGCCCGAGGAGGCGUGGUACUCAGAGGGUGGCGAGAUGGUGAACACAGGUAUGCAGCUGAUCAGCUUCACCUGUGCUGUGACGGGCUGGGUGAUGGCUAUAGCAGUGACUGCACUGCCCCAGUGGAAGGUCACGGCCUUCAUAGGCAGCAACAUCUUGACCUCCGAAAUUGUUUGGCAGGGGAUCUGGAUGAACUGCAUCUACCAGACCACUGGCCAUAUGCAGUGCAAGACCUACGACUCCAUGCUGGCUCUACCACCUGAUAUCCAGGCAGCACGGGCACUGAUGUGCAUUGCUAUCUUCUUGGGCUGGUUGUCCUGCACCGUUUCUUGCUGUGGAAUGAAGUGCACCACCUGUGCCAGGGACGAUCGCCAUGCCAAGGCUGGCAUAGCGCUGUCCGGUGGGGUGCUCUUCAUCCUGACGGGCCUGUGCGUCUUAGUGCCGGUUUCCUGGACAGCGAACACUGUGGUGCAGGACUUCUACAACCCCAAUGUUCCCCUCCAGCACAAGCAGGAGCUGGGUCAGGCCAUUUACCUGGGAUGGGCAGCAGCAGUGAUUCUUAUGAUCAGCGGGGCGGUGCUGAGCAGUACCUGUCCGCACAUCGAGAGAGGAGGGUACAGACGUGGGUACAUAGGUCGUAGUUUAGCAAACUCAAGGCCUUCUGCUCCAGAUCCGCCGAAGUCAAUCACCACCAGUACCCUGCCUCUUAAGGAGUAUGUAUGAUAAAGAUAAAUGAAAGCAAAUGUGGGAAGGUGUGGCUAAACAGGGAUAAUGAUUAAAUGUGCACUCAGUAAUUUUUGUUUCAAUGGACAGAUGCAUUUUGUGUCAUUGUCACUGUGGCAAUCAUGUCCACGUUUGCCAUUUGAAGUCCCAUUUAUCUGCUCCUUUUCUUUCAUUGCUCAUACAUCGGACACAUUGAUGCUGUUGACUACGGCUCCUUCAUUAUGUUGUCUGUAAUAUACAUAUUGUACUUACUGUUAUAUUGUUU